AUGUUUUGCGAGAUACCGAAAUUGUUACGAUGCUGUUUCUGCCUUCCACUUCGGAAAGGUGCCCUGAUAUUCGGAUAUAUAAAUAUUAUAUUUUCGGUGUUCAUGAUUGGGAUGUACAGUUACGCUGUCCACCAUGACAUUGGUUUCAUAAUGAUGUACCACGGUUCGACCAGCGAGCUGGAAGAUGCAGUGUGCAUUGGAAUUUAUUGCGUAGAGGUGGUGAUGAACGUGGUGCUGGUUUAUGGAGCCCAUGUGAGAAAUUUAUUAUUUUUAAAAUCUUUCUACUAUUACGCAAUAGCAACAGCGCUUAUGACAUUCAUUGUGGAAAUAAUUGGCUUAGCGAGUACUUUUCACAUUGGAUUGGUGAUUGAAAUGCUAGCUUUAUAUGUAGCUGGUCUAUGUUUACACGUUUACUUGAUAAUCGUGGUGAGGAGUUUGCUAAUUAAGUUGGAGAUCUCGGACUCCCAUGCAUAUGAAAAUCAGCUUCAACAAAUCGUCAGUGGCGAAUUGAAGGUGGAAAGUAAUGGAGUGUACCCAAGCACAGUGGUACCUAACGAUGAUGCGUAG